AUGUACGGAGUAAGCGGAGUGCCUCACUGUCGGCGCCGGGAAGCAAUCGCGACCAACGGAGAAAAGUUUCAAAGGAUGGUAAUUACUUUGUACUGCGAUCACCCGAAGGAGCCUUCUGCCAGAACAAGCAGAUCAACAAGCAACCCACAAAUGAUGCAAGAGCAAGCAACAAACCUAAUGGUAGAGGCCAAAGCUGUACCUCUAUCAACCCGCUAG